UUAUCAGAGAGAGAGAGAGGGAGAGGGGGGGAGGGAGACGACACGCAUUAACGUACGCAGAACAGGAGAGACCAGAGGGAGUCUUGGGCAUUGGCGUAGUAGGGACGAUCGUCUAUGCUAUCAGUGCUCCCAAGUUCCAAGGGAGGCAGUAGUAGUAAUACUAGUUGUAAAAGUACUGAGAGAAUUGUUAUAUAUCCAUCCGAGUCCAUCCAACCUAACCGGAGCAGGAACAGAAGCAGAAACAGAGAGAAUAUCCAGGAAGGAACAACGAGAGGUUUUGAAUGGAGGCCACAUCCUAUAUGAGGAGGAGGAACCCUCUGUUUCUAAGACCCAAUGCCAUUUCGAAUAUGAAUAUCAACAAGAAGAUGAAGAUGAAGAUGAAUUUUGCUGAUUUUGGAUUUCAUCCGAUGAUCUGCCGCUGCUCCGUCGCCGGUGGGGAUGUCUUCUCUGUCACUUCUUCCUCUAAGUCCGACGUCGAUUAUCUCGGUCAGAGCACCAAAGGCGACUUGAAUCUCAAUUUUGAAAUAGAUGCUCAAUCAACUUUAGAGGGUCCAAUUGAGGAGGUGGCCAGGGUGGAAGCUCAAGAAGCUGAGGACUUGCUUAACCACUUGGGGAUUCAGAGUCCAUUUUCUUCAAGACAUUCUCGCCGUGGCAUAUUUUGUAGCCGCACAUUGAAUCUUCGGUCAAUCAGUGCCAUUGGAUAUGACAUGGAUUACACAUUGAUGCAUUACAAUGUGAUGGCAUGGGAAGGACGGGCUUAUGACUAUUGUAUGGAUAAUCUAAAAAACGUGGGUUUUCCAGUUGCUGGACUUGCUUUUGACCCAGACUUGGUAAUCAGAGGCCUUGUUAUAGACAAAGAGAAAGGCAACUUGGUUAAGGCUGAUCGAUUUGGUUACGUGAAGAGGGCAAUGCAUGGUACAACAAUGCUAUCAACUCGAGCUGUCAGUGAGAUGUAUGGGAGGGAACUAUUGGAUCUGCGGAAGGAGAAUCGCUGGGAGUUCCUUAAUACACUAUUUUCCGUUUCAGAAGCAGUGGCUUAUAUGCAGAUGGUUGACAGAUUGGAUGAAGGAGCUAUAGCAUCGGAUCUCGGUCCACUUGAUUAUAAAGGGCUUUACAAGGCAGUUGGAAAGGCCCUCUUCAGAGCACAUGUAGAAGGUCAGCUUAAGAAUGAGAUAAUGUCCAAGCCUGAACUGUUUGUAGAGCCUGAUCCAGAGCUACCUUUGGCACUUUUGGAUCAAAAGGAGGCUAGCAAAAGACUCUUGCUUAUUACCAACUCGGAUUAUCAUUACACAGACAAAAUGAUGCAGCAUUCGUUUAAUAGAUUUCUUCCCAAUGAUAUGGGCUGGCGUGAUCUAUUUGACAUGGUUAUUGUCUCAGCAAGGAAGCCAGAAUUCUUCCAAAUGUCGCACCCAAUGUAUGAAGUGGUGACGGGUGAGGGUCUAAUGCGUCCAUGUUUCAAGGCUCGGCCAGGGGGCUUGUACUCCGGGGGCAGUGCUCAGAUGGUUGAGAACUCCCUGAACAUUCACGGUGAUGAGAUAUUGUAUGUUGGUGACCAUAUAUAUACAGAUGUAAGCCAAUCCAAAGUCCAUCUACGAUGGCGGACAGCUUUGAUUUGUCGAGAAUUGGAAGAAGAGUAUAAUGCUUUGAUUCAUAGUCAAGGUCAUCGGGCUGCACUGAUAGAGCUCAUAAAUCAGAAGGAGGUUGUGGGGGAUCUCUUUAACCAACUCCGGCUGGCUUUGCAGAGGAGAACCAAGGGGCGUCCUGCACAAACCCUUGCUGCAACCAAUAUGAAUGAUGAAGAACUCACGGAAAGCAUACAGAAGCUACUUAUUGUUAUGCAAAGACUAGACCAGAAAAUAGCUCCUAUGUUGGAAGCAGAUGGAGAGCACUUCAACAGAAGGUGGGGUUUUCUUUCACGUGCAGGCCUAUGGGACAAAAGCCAUUUAAUGAGACAAAUUGAGAAGUAUGCUGAUAUUUAUACCUCAAGGGUCUCAAAUUUUCUUCAUUAUACACCCUUCAUGUAUUUCCGUUCACAGGAGCAGACACUUGCUCAUGAUUCGUACUCGUGCAACCGUUUGGAGCUUAAUAAGUCAGCUGAUGACAACUUUGGCAAAUACUCUGCUUAAGCUAAGCAUGGGGUAUUCUUUUGCCGUACUUUAAAAAAAAAAAAAAAAUUCUUCUUUUUAUCGCAUGUUAAUGGCAAUGUGGUGGGAAGUUGAUUCCCAAUACCAUCAGAAUGGUGUAUUUAUUUGUGGAAAUGAAGUAAUCUAUGGUUCCGCUGCCAUCUAGCUCUUGAUCUAAAUAAUAUACAGCUUGUCUGUAACAUUUUUUACCACGCAAUUGCUGGCCAUCUGGUUACAUAGUUUUGGUUGAGCACCAACCAACAACUGGAAGUAGAGAUGGGGAAGACAAGAUGUUAAAGGCAGAAGCAGUCCAAGAAGAAAUGGAGGGGUGAUUAUUGCAUACGUACUGCACUUACAGAUACAGAACAAUUCUCAGAGAGAGAGAUAGAUGUAUAUUUUAAUUUGUGGGAAGCUCAUAUAAUAUGGUGUGGCUCAGAUAGGUUUAGGUGUUUGUUCUUGGGAAGCCUAUUUAUGGCUAUCCAAUCCUUUACAGAGGCCAUGGCUGCUUUAGUUCUGAAUCAAAAAAUGCUGUUUUUCGUCUGUAUUGUCAAUGUGAUCCCUGCAUUUGUAAGUACUUGAAAUUUUGCUAUGUAAUUGACUUAAAAUGGAUUGUGGUGAGUAGCUAGGUCGGAGAACAAUUUGUUGCAAGACACAAACAAACAAAACCAAGAAGAAGAAAGGGAAAACAAUUUGAUCA